ACCCAGCACACGCGUCCUCAUUCCGCAAAUACGACGUGUGACAUCAGCUUUUUUUUUGCCCAAGUUUCCGACCGCAUGGCUCAACAUACAAUGUAACAUGGGUGCCUCCAAGUCCAAAGAGUGCAGCUGCUUACGACGCCGCCGCCGAAGCACCGCCUACGAGGAAGAAACCUCAAGCUCAAGAUCCAUCGAGAUAGAAAUCCAGCAAAACGACCGACCACUAAGAACCCGCGCUCGAAAGACCAAAUCAAAAUGCUUCAGCCACAUGAUCCCCAAGAAGAUCCUGUGCUGCCUCAAGAAGGACGACAUGAGCAUGACCAAAAUCGAGCGCACCAUAAAAGCGACUUUGUUGAUACAGAAAUGGUACAGGAGAUAUAUGGCCAGAUUGGAGGUUCGGCGCAGAUAUACAUGGACGAUAUUCCAAAGCAUAGAAUACGCGGGAGAACAGGAUCAAGUCAAACUUUACAACUUCUUCAACGCCCUGCUUACGCACAUUCCAAACACCACUAAUCGGACGUCCGAGUCCUCCACGGCCUCCAGGAAUUCGUCAAUCGAGGACCUUGACAUGAAGUUCGAGGACGAGUCGGACGACUGCGAAGACGAGCUGCUGGAUAGCAGCGAACGGGACCACAAAUUUAAGCUAGAAUUUCCGCUGGACGAGGAGCAGCUGAAGAAGCUGAUAGAGAUUUACAGGCGGAGGAGGCACUACCGGCUCCAUCCCCGCUACGUGGCCGAGAUCCUCAAAGAAUCCAUUAUUAAACUGAAAAGAUUGCCGAACUUGAACCUCGCCUCGACUGCGAUCUCCAAGCAGAUAACUGUGUGCGGCGAUCUUCACGGAAAGCUCGAUGACCUUCUGGUCAUUUUCCACAAGAACGGCCUACCGUCCCCGGAAAAUCCAUACGUGUUUAAUGGAGAUUUUGUCGACAGAGGCAAACGAGGCAUUGAAGUGCUGCUAGUCCUCUUGUCGUGCAUGCUUGUCUAUCCGGGGGGCGUUUUCCUGAAUAGAGGCAACCACGAGGACAACAUCAUGAAUUCGAGGUACGGCUUCAUCAGGGAGAUGCAGUCCAAAUACAGGAGGAACUCGGAGAAGCUGCUGAAGUUGAUCGAGGGCGUGUACCGCUGGCUACCGCUGGGCACCAUCGUCAACAACAAGGUCCUCAUCGUCCACGGCGGCAUCUCCGACACGACCGAUCUCGAUCUCAUAAGGAGUUUAGACAGGGGAAAGUACUCUUCGCUGCUGCGGCCGCCCAUCAGCGACAGCUCUGCCCCCGGGGCCGAGCUCAUCGACAAAGUCGAGUGGAAACAGGUGUUCGACAUCCUGUGGUCCGACCCCCAGAUCGGGAACGGCUGCAUCCCGAACGCUCUGAGGGGCGCCGGCACGUAUUUCGGGCCCGACGUGACGAAAAAUUUCCUGGAGAAGAACCGAAUGCUGUAUAUCGUGAGGUCGCACGAGUGUAAAUCGGAGGGGUACGAGGUGAUACACGACAAUUCGGUCAUCACGAUAUUUUCGGCGUCCAACUACUACGAGCUCGGUUCGAACAAAGGAGCGUACUUGAAGCUCGUGGGCCCCCAGCUGGACACCCACUUCGUCCAGUACAUGGCGGCGGCGGGCAGGGCGAAGCGGUUGACUUUCCAUCAAAGGAUAGGCUUGGUGGAGGCCUCCGCUAUACGUGAGCUUCACGGACAAAUAAUGACGAACAAGACCAAAUUGGAGCGGGAGUUCGUCAAAGCUGAUCCCGAACUGACAGGUUAUAUCACCGUGAGCGAGUGGUGCCAAGUCAUGGAGAAGGCCACCGGAUUAGGUCUCCCUUGGAGGAUGCUCAAAGAAAAACUAGUAACAGUAGACCCGGAGAGCCAGCAAGUCACCUACGCUUCGACCUUCGAGAACAUAAGCAGCCACAAAAUAAACUCCGUCCAAGGCGCCUCCACCGUCGUGGAAACCCUCUACCGCAACAAAGGCAAUUUGGAAGCAAUUUUCCGAAUUAUCGACAAAGACAAUUCAGGUUUUAUAAGUCUGGACGAAUUUUCCGAGGCAUGCAAUCUAAUCAAGGAGCACAUGCCGAAUCCCAUCACGCAAGAACAACUGGUCGAAAUAUGCAGGUUGAUGGACAUCAACAAGGACGGACUGGUCGACUUGAACGAGUUCUUGGAGACGUUCAGGCUUGUCGACCCAGAGAGCCGCCAACUGACCAACACCCAGGACGACUCUCCCCCCACGUCGCCCACCAAGACCACCGACGUGCAGAUCAACGCUCAAGACUCGCCGCCCGCCUCCCCCCGCCAGGUCCAACUAACCGAGAAGCACAGCCCCCAGGAGUCUUCCGAGUGCAACAACACGACAAACUCUCCCACCACGCGCAACACUCUGCUGCAGUCGCCCGUGCUCAGUAGCCGAAGGGGCGACUAAUUCCUCACAUAUCGACCGUUUGUGUUCUCUGAUCUAUUUCCGAGUUUUUCGAUUCCGCCAGUUUUCUGCCACCUACGCCACUCUCACUACUAUUCGUUCGUCGUGCGUCUGGAUCCCGAAUCACGAUUCCCCGGAAUGCGAUUCGCAUACUAUUAGCAUUUAAAAAUAGCUUCGCGGUUGAAUUUUCGCGCCAAGGGGUGGGGAGGGCCGGAGUAGGGUGCUUACGACUUUAUGAUAUUACGGGGCCAUUUGUAGGGGUUAGCUGUAAGCAUAUCUCUAUAUUGGAAACUAUUAUUGUUCAGAAAUUAUAUGCGAUUAUGAUCCGUUGAAUUUUUCUCUGAAUGUGAUAUUAUUUUUAUAUUGUUACUUUACGUAGAUGAGUGUAAAUAUAUUUAAAAAGAUAUAAUUAUUUAAGGACAUAUCUAUGAUAAGAUAUAAGAUUUUUGUAACCUGUCUUUACAGUUUAGUUUACGGAUGUUGGCAAUGUAAUC